AUGGCUCCUUCAACUGUGAUCUGUAUCGGUAUGGCCGGGUCAGGUAAGACUACCUUCAUGCAAAGAUUAAACUCACAUUUACAUUCUAAAAAGACUCCUCCUUAUGUUAUAAAUUUGGAUCCAGCAGUGUUGAAAGUUCCAUUCGGAGCCAAUAUUGAUAUCAGAGAUUCUGUCAAAUAUAAAAAGGUGAUGGAAGAAUAUAACUUAGGUCCUAAUGGUGCCAUUGUGACGUCGUUGAAUUUAUUCGCUACUAAAAUAGAUCAAGUUAUAAAAUUAGUAGAAAAGAGAUCAGAUAAAGUUCAAAAUGUCAUCAUUGAUACUCCAGGUCAAAUCGAAUGUUUUAUUUGGUCCGCCAGUGGAUCCAUCAUAACUGAAGCUUUUGCUUCUACUUUCCCAACUGUUAUUGCUUAUAUCGUUGAUACCCCAAGAAAUUCAUCACCAACUACUUUUAUUUCAAAUAUGUUAUAUGCUUGUUCCAUCUUAUAUAAAACUAAAUUACCUAUGAUUGUAGUGUUUAAUAAGACUGAUGUUAAAAAAGCUGACUUUGCUAAAGAAUGGAUGCAAGAUUUUGAAGCAUUUCAAGCUGCUUUAAAAGCUGAUCAAGAAUUAAAUGGUGAAGAUGGUACUUCAUCGGGUUAUAUGAGUUCAUUAGUCAAUUCAAUGUCUUUAAUGUUAGAAGAAUUCUAUUCUCAAUUAGAUGUUGUUGGUGUGAGUGCUUAUACUGGUGAAGGUUUUGAUGAAUUCCUUGACGCCGUUGAUAAUAAGGUUGACGAAUUUAAUGAAUACUAUAAAGCAGAAAGAGAAAGAAUCUUAAAGAAAAAGGAAGAUGAUGAAAAGAGACGUCAAGCUAAAUCAUUAAACCAUUUAAUGAAAGAUUUAGAUAUAGAUGGAAAGAAACCAAGUAAGGAUAGUGAUGUGUUAUCCGAUUAUGAAGAUGAACCAGAAGAUGAAGAUAAUGGUGAAGUGUUAAGAGAUGAAGAUGAACCAGAAAGAGAAUACACAUUCCCAGAAGAUCGAAAUUCAGAAGUAAAUAGUAAAAAUGAUGCCGAUUUACAGGCUAGAUAUCAAGCAGCUUUCGAAGCAACUUCAAAAGUGGCUUCAAACAAAACUAUGGAACAAAUGGUUGAUUAUAUAAAGCGUUGA